AUGAAGACCAUUGCCACCAGUGUUCUCUACGAUCAACUCACAGUGCUUUUAGGAAACGUAGCCCAGGACAUUUUUAUUGUGAGAUUUACCUACAUGAUCAACAAUUAUGGGUCGUUCCACCGCAGUUUCCGUCGGGGAAGCGGUGUCCACCAUCCCAGCGAGAAGCGGCUCAGACGCUCCCGAGGUUCACGAAGCGACAGACUGCGGCCCCCUACCCUGGAGUGCAGGGUAGGGGACCGCAGGCGGUCCAACAGCGUCCUGGACGGCAGCCUUACCCUGCACUCCACCCGCUACCGGCACGAAGACUCCUGCUCCACCUGCUCCUCUUCCUCAGACUCGGAGGAGGAAGGCUUCUUUCUGGGCCAGCGCAUUGCUCUGCCGCCGCAGCUGACGGGUGAAGAGAGAGCAGCAGAAGGACAGACAGAGGACGAGGACAAGAGCCGAAGAGGAAGCUUCAGGAGAAGGACACAGAGUCUCGGUAGAAAAGACAAGGAUAAGGACAAGAACUGCAUACUGUCCUGAGACAAAGACAUGUGUGUUAAAAACUGGAAAUUAAAGAACGCUGUCAAGACUAACAAGCUGCUCAGUCAAGAUCAAAGUUUAUGAGUCACAUGUCCUACAGUCUGUGCAAAUGUGUGCCAGUAUUUUUAUAAAGGUGAUGAAAUAUUACCCAAUAUCAGUUUCAGUAUCAUGGUGCUUAGUCAAAUUUACUGGCGUUAUUAUUCGGGCCGAGGAACAUUUCCAAUCCAAAUUUUGUUUGUUACAGGAAAAGUAGAAGUACAGUUUCUACAUUUAUGCGAGAGAGCUAGGUGAACUGAUUUCAUUUUACAUUUCUUUACAGCUAAAGGCCUGUUUCACACAACACAAAUAUUUGGCAAAAAAUGCACUUCAAUUUUGGCAUGCUGUUCAGUAUGGAAGCUUGUUUCUGCCACCUAAUAAAUAAAUAAAGGUAAUCGCUACUACC